AUGGCUACCACAACUAGGACAACUCAGCACGCCCUGAGAAGCCUUCGUGCUGCCUCGUCAACCCGCUCUUAUGCUGCCUUCACCCUACGGACUUACGCCUCCGCCGCCGAGCCCGACCUCAAGGCUACGCUGCAGUCCGUGAUUCCUGAGAAGAGAGAAUUGCUCAAGCAAGUCAAGAGCCAUGCCGACAAGAAGAUUGGAGACAUCACCAUUGGCCAAGUCAUCGGCGGUAUGAGAACAAUGAAGUCCAUGGUUUGGGAGGGAAGCGUGCUGGACGCCAAUGAAGGAAUCCGUUUCCACGGCCGAACCAUCGCCGACUGCCAGAAAGAGCUCCCCAAAGGCACCUCUGGGACCGAGAUGUUGCCUGAGGCCAUGUUCUGGCUCCUUUUGACCGGCAAAGUCCCCUCUACCUCUCAGGUCCGAGCCCUGUCGCGCGAAUUAGCCCAGAAGUCAGACCUCCCGCCCCAUGUCGUAUCGAUGCUUCGCUCCUUCGACAAGAAUGUCCAUCCGAUGACGCAGCUGUCAUGUGCUGUUGCCGCUCUGAAUACCGAAUCCGCAUUUGCCAAAAAGUAUGCCGAGGGCCUGAACAAGGCGGACUACUGGGAGCCUACGUUUGAUGAUAGCAUCAGCCUCCUGGCCAAGCUGCCUCGCGUGGCUGCGGCCAUCUUUGACAAGGCUGCUCUCGACAUGGCCCUGGACCCCGACCAAGAUUGGGCCUACAACUUCGCUAAACUCCUCGGGAAGCCAGGCAAGGAAAAUGAAGGUUUCCAGGACUUGCUUCGUCUCUAUCUUGCCCUUCACGGAGACCAUGAAGGAGGCAAUGUCUCGGCUCACGCGACUCAUCUAGUCGGAUCCGCUCUUUCUGAUCCGUUCUUGUCGUACUCUGCUGGCUUGCUGGGUCUGGCCGGACCUCUGCAUGGACUUGCUGCCCAGGAGGUGCUCCGCUGGAUCCUGAAGAUGCAAUCGCACAUCGGAGAGAAUUUCUCCGACAAGGACGUCAGAGACUACCUUUGGUCUACUCUUCGCAGCGGUCAGGUUGUACCAGGUUACGGUCACGGUGUGCUCCGCAAGCCUGACCCGCGAUUCAAGGCCUUGAUUGAUUUCGGCGAUGCCCGCGAGGAUAUUGCCAAGAACCCUGUGUAUCGGCUGGUCAAGAAGAACAGCGAGAUCGCACCAGGCGUGUUGACCGAGCACGGCAAGACCAAGAACCCUCACCCCAACGUGGACAGUGCUUCGGGUGUCCUCUUCCACCAUUAUGGCUUCCAGGAUCCCCUGUACUACACUGUUACUUUUGGAGUCAGCAGAGGUCUCGGUCCUUUGGCGCAACUGAUCUGGGAUCGUGCUCUGGGCAUGCCGAUUGAACGACCAAAGAGUAUCAAUCUCGAAGGUCUCAUGAAAUUGGUGUAA